AACAGUCAGGUGCGACCCAGCAGGUGGAGUGGCUGGGUGGACCCUAGGGCAACCCCAAUAUGAACUUUACUGUGGGUGUGGGUGGGAACAACCUGGAGACUACCACCACCAAGUCCUGCGCCUGGCUGGUGGGGUGUGUGCAGAAAGAGCGAGAAUAAAUAGGAGGUUCCCUCCUCCCAGCUACACUCACGGAGCCGGCGGCCGCCGCCCUGGGUGUUUGCCUGCCCUGUAGACGGGGUUCCAGCCUGAGAAGUAGUUUCGUUUCCUGCUGGCUGCGGGAUUAGUAUCCAGGCACCCCCUCGGACGCCCGAGGCCUGGAAAAGGGGCGCAGGAGGAGACGGGAGACUCGUCUAGGGGCUGCCCGGCCCCGCAGCGCGGGGUUGAUGGAACGGACCGCCCCGGGCAGCGGCGCCAGCUCCCAGCCAUUGCUCCUGGCCUUCGCCCUGGGUCUAGUGAUCCUCCACUGUGUUGUGGCAGAUGGGAAUUCCACCAGAAGUCCUGAAAAUGAUGGCCUUCUCUGUGGAGAUGCUGGAGAAAACUGUGCAGCUACCACUACACAAUCAAAGUGGAAUGACUACUUUGGUCUGUGCCCCAGGAAAUACGAGCAUUACUGCAUCAAUGGGAGAUGUCGCUUCGUGGUGGCCCUGCGGACACCCUCCUGCCUUUCUCCACAACCUUCACGGGAGAAAAACACCACAGGAACUCCUGGGAGUCUGAUGUUUGUCCCAGCUCUGCCAGUGAAUACCUCUGAGACUUUGGACAGUCCUCUUCGAAGGAAAAAGAAAGAAGAAAUGGCAAAUCUGGGUAAAGAUAUAACUCCUGUAAAUGAAGAUGCUCAAGAAACUAGCAUUGCUUAACGUCUAUGAAGAUACCACCAGGCUGGUGGCAAGCUACAAAAUGCCUUGCUCAUUUGAAAAAGGACAGAACAUGUCUCAGGAAAACAGCACAAUUGAUUUUAAAUAAUGUAUUUACCUUUUGUUUAUAACAGUUUGUGUCAUUUACUAUUAUUUUUAUAAUAAUUAAUAAUAAAUUUUAUUAUUGAUAAGUAAUUGGGAAAAAAACACUCAGUUAAGAAGGGAAAUUUUAAUAAACUUUCACUUAAGUUUUGUCACCAGGAUUACUAGUCAAAUAAAAAAGAAAAGUAGGAAGGAGUUUAGAUCUUAGAAAUUGAAUUAAUAAUAAAGCUACCAUUUAUUGAACACUUACCAUGUGCUAAGAGUUUGAAAUAUAUUAUUUCCUUUAAUCCUUUCAAGAACCUUUGCGAUAUCUAUUAUGAUCCUCAAUUCCCAUAUAUGCUAACAGGCCCAAAGAAGUUAAAUAAUCUAACCCAGAUUUACAGAAUUAGGAAUUGGUGGAUCUGAAACUGGAACCAAGAUUUACCCAAGUUCAAAGUUUACACUAUUAACCAUCAUUUUUGUUGAUCAGAGUUGGUACAAUCUAACUCAAUAAUAUAACCCAAGACUUUCUACCGACCUGUGUUUUGCCAUGACUCUGAGAUGCUGGGGCCAGUUUCCUACAGACACUCAGAAUGUGGAGUUCUAAGUACGUUACUGUGAUCACCAUGCUUCCUGUAGAAAUGACUUUUAUAUUUCUUUGCUCCUUUAUAAAUGCUCAGUGACAUGAAUAAAUUCUUCCACGAGUAAAGCAAACAGAUUUGCCCCCUAGCUAGGGUAAUAAAUAAAGAUAUGGAAAGUAAAUCAAAGCCUGACAGUUUUGAAGCCCCAGGUAAGUAUUUAUGCUCCCUGAAGUAUCGAUAAUAGCACUGAAAGAGUCUGUUGAUCCCAGGGUAAUGGUCAGUGACAGCAUGGCAGAGCCCAGGCAGAGACUGGUUGUGACAGUAUCUUCAUUUUUGUUCUUCUAAUAAGUAGUACCUGUGAUUGCUCUCAGGUGCAUACUGUUGCAAUGAAAUCAUGACCAUAUAUCUGUUACUUGGGACCAUCUUACCAAAUGCUCCUUAAACGCCAUGGUAUCGUUAAUAAGAACUCUUUAAAAACUGAAAAAGCAAAACCUACAUUUAGCUAAUCCAUAGAAUAGGAAGCUUUUCUACAUUGACUGCUUGGAUCUUUUACAAAAACAGAUGGUGGAUGUCCGUGAAUUGCUACCCUUUGGUUGCGUGCCUGACAGCCAGGCAGCUUCUUCCCAGAAUCUGUAGAUUUUACUUUACAGUGUAGGCUCCAUCUACAAAAUGAAGUGGAGAAUUCAGACAAAAGGCGAAGUUGUUUAUCACCUUCUAUCACACAUCGUGUUUGGAGGGAGACUGAGGCUACGCUUCUAUAUAACACAGAUAUAGCUCUAAUAUCAAUGAGCGCUAUGUCAAACAACUGAUGAUCUUCUAAAUCUGUUUUUUCUCCUGACUUAAUAGCUAUCUUUUGAAACAGGAUUAUAUACAAUGGAUUCAUGUUGUAUAUGCUUUAUUUUCAAAAGUUUCCUAGACUCAUUUCUUGCCCUUUUUCUUUCUCAGUCUUCUUUUAUACUCUGAGCCCUUGAAACAAACACUUAUUUGAGCAUUUAAAAACAAAAACAAGGUGUAAAUGUUUUUUCUUUCCUGAACUGAUGUUAGUUGAUGAAUGGAAUCUCUGCAGACAAUUCAGGCUGGGGAAUUGUGUUUUGAUCCUAGAAUGUUAAUGGUGUCUCUUGAAAUUUGGUAGGUAGGAUGUCAAGAGAGAAUUUCAAAGAUUUUCAUACCUUUUCAAAAUGUAUUUUGUAAUUGUUUUGCAUAUAUGACCUUGUUUAUGUAAACUAUCAAUAUUAUCAUAUAAUAAAAUUAAUUUAUUUUGAAAACAAAAGAAAUAUAUAUGUAAAUAUAUGUAUAUAUACCAGUGCACCCUGAGACUGUGGACAAUUAUUUCUUAAAGCAGAAAUAACAUCCUCCAUGAAACAGAAUAUCAAAUUAUGUACCUUCAGUUGUAUUAGAGGAACAUUUCUAGCAAUUCCAUUUUCACAUAUAGCCACUCAAGGCGAUGACUGCAGGAAAGCAUGGAGCUCAGCAAGCAUUCACUGGGCACCUUCUGUAUUCUAGGCACUGUGCUACCCACUAUGAUAAAUGCUAAGAAGAAUUAAGACAUGGUCCCUUAGGAAGCUUACAAUUUAAUGGGAGAAAAAGCCACUCACUGAUCAUUUGAAUACAAUUUGAUGCUCUGAAUAAGGCUGAAGGUAUUAUAGCAUCAGAGAGGAGGAUGACCAAGCCAACUUGGAAGGAAUCAGGGAAGACUCCUGAAGGAAAUUACAUCUGAACUGGACUGGCUCUGAGAAGUACUGUGUUUCCCCAAAAAUAAGCCCUACCAUGAUUUUUCAGGAUGCUUGUAAUAUAAGCCCUACCCCAAA